CUGGAAGCCGCUUCUCCUUCCGCCUGGGCAUGGUGUCCGCAGAGGAUCAGUUUGCCGUCAUGUCGGCUGCUCUUGCAGCUCUGGCCGCUUCCUACGGUUCGGGUUCGGGGUCCGAAUCUGACUCGGACAGUGAAGGCGGCCGAUGUCUGCUGCCAGCCGCCGAGUCUCUCAUGCAUCUGACUAAAUCGCCUUCGGCCAAGCCCUCGCUGGCAGUGGCGGUGGACUCGGCUCCAGAGGUGGCAGUUAAGGAAGAUUUGGAGACUGGUGUUCACCUUGACCCUGCUGUCAAAGAAGUUCAGUAUAAUCCUACAUAUGAGACAAUGUUUGCUCCUGAGUUUGGACCAGAAAAUCCCUUUAGAACUCAGCAAAUGGGCCCCAGAAAUAUGCUUUCUGGAUAUGGUGAACCAGCUAACAUCAAUGACUUCAUGUUUGAACAGCAGAGAAGAACUUGUGCCACAUAUGGUUAUGCACUGGAUCCUUCAUUAGAUAACCAAGUAUCUGCCAAAUAUAUUGGUUCUGUAGAAGAAGCUGAAAAAAAUCAAGGUUUAACUGUGUUUGAAACUGGUCAGAAGAAAACAGAAAAGAGGAAAAAGUUCAAAGAAAAUGAUGCAUCUAAUAUUGAUGGUUUCUUGGGACCAUGGGCAAAAUAUGUGGAUGAAAAAGAUGUAGCCAAAGCUUCAGAAGAAGAACAAAAAGAGCUGGAUGAAAUCACAGCAAAGAGGCAGAAAAAAGGCAAACUGGAAGAUGAGAAACCUGGGGAGGAGAAGACAAUCUUACAUGUUAAAGAAAUGUAUGACUAUCAAGGCAGGUGCUACCUUCACAUACCUCAGGAUGUUGGUGUAAAUCUACGGUCAAGUGUGCCACCUGAGAAGUGUUAUCUUCCCAAAAAACAGAUUCACAUAUGGUCUGGACACACCAAGGGCGUCAGUGCAGUCAGACUGUUUCCUCUCUCUGGCCAUUUGUUGCUGUCUUGCUCCAUGGACUGUAAAAUUAAGUUGUGGGAGGUUUAUGGAGACCGCUGCUGUCUGAGAACAUUUAUUGGUCACAGUAAAGGAAGGGACAUCUGCUUCAACACCGCAGGAACACAGUUUCGUAGUGCAGCCUAUGACAGACACCUGAAGCUCUGGGACACUGAGACAGGACAGUGUAUAUCAAGAUUUACAAACCGAAAAGUGCCCUACUGUGUCAAAUUCAAUCCUGAUGAAGACAAGCAAAAUCUCUUUGUGCCUGGGAUGUCUGAUAAAAAGAUUGUGCAAUGGGACAUUCGAAGUGGAGAAAUUGUGCAGGAAUAUGAUCGGCAUUUGGGAGCUGUCAAUACCAUUGUUUUUGUUGAUGAAAACAGGAGAUUUGUUAGUACAUCUGAUGAUAAGAGCCUAAGAGUUUGGGAAUGGGACAUCCCUGUGGAUUUCAAGUAUAUAGCAGAACCCAGUAUGCACUCAAUGCCUGCAGUGACUUUGUCUCCAAAUGGGAAAUGGCUAGCAUGCCAAUCAAUGGACAACCAAAUCUUAAUUUUUGGAGCCCAGAACAGAUUUAGAUUAAAUAAGAAAAAAAUUUUUAAGGGCCACAUGGUAGCAGGUUAUGCUUGUCAGGUGGACUUUUCACCAGACAUGAGCUAUGUGAUUUCAGGAGAUGGAAAUGGAAAAUUAAACAUUUGGGACUGGAAGACCACAAAACUCUAUAGUCAGUUUAAAGCUCAUGAUAAAGUGUGUAUAGGCGCAGUGUGGCACCCUCAAGAAACAUCUAAAGUCAUAACGUGCAGCUGUGGUCUGAUUAAACUGUGGGAUUAGGAGAUUAAGCCUUAA